AUGUUCAACUUGAAGUCCAUUGCCGCUCAGCUCAAUCUCGACGAGGAGGAGGUCGCCGCCUGCUUAACCGCCCCAAAGCAGGCUGGUCGGAACCAGAGGACGGGCGACGUCGUGAAUCGCCUCACUGACAAGUACCCCAAAGCCUACCGCGACUUCUACGGCAGCGGCACUGCCUGUGUCUUCAAGUCUGGCCCUGACUGGCGCCGCAUCUGCCACGACCUCGACUCCGUCGGCGUAACGUGGACGUCCAUCAACCCCCUCGCCUACGCUUACGCCGGGGAAGCCAAGCCCUUCUGCCCUCUCAUCCUCUCCAUCGGUGUGAAGCCUCAAUCCCUGCUCUACGACGCUGCCGUUGCUGCAGCCACCGUUGUUAAGAACAUCCUCGCAGAGGCUUCCUUCCCCGCCAUCGAGGUGGCCUUUGUCGAGUCGGUAGUCACUCGUCACGGUUCCGUCGCUGCCGGCCCAGGGGGUCGAACGAAAGGAGCUUUGGGCCCUAAGCUCCUUUCAUUCGACCCCCUCCUCGACGAUGUCCCCGAACUUCGAAGGCUCUUCACCGCUACCCUCGGUCUCUCCAUCGCACCCCUCAAGUAUCCCCACUUGGAGGGCACAGCCUCGCUCUACUUUCGCCUUGGAAAAGAUGACAAGCGCAUCGCAGUCCUGACCUGCGCCCAUGUCGCCCGUUCCCCUCCUGUCUACGCCAACACGGGUAUGACGUGUAGCACCACACGCCAGGCUCGUGAGGAGUUCGUCGCGCUCGGUGAUAUAGGCUACAACAACGCCGUCAAGGCCAUGAUGAGCACCAUCAGCAACCUCCUCUGCUACAUCGACAUCUGGAACGAUGCGCUUGACAGGCUGGGGAAGCCCGUUGAGGGAGAGAACACUGGCAGCAAGGUCACCAAGAGGCGCGCGGAGCACUUGAAGUCAGUGGCGGCGGCGACGAAGAAGAUCGAGGAGGUGAAGGCGAUCCACGACGAGGUCACCAAGCCCCGUGCCACCCCUGACCAGCGCAUAAUUGGCUUCGUGCUUCAUUCCGAGAAGUUCGAAGUCUCGUUGUACGACGCGAAGAUUAAUUGGCCUACAUACGUCGGCGGUUAUGUCUCCUUCGCUGAUUUUCACAGAAAAUUGUUCCCUCAGCUCGCGGAUCUAGCAAACUAUCAGUACCCCCCGGAUGGUCUCCUCCAGGCCUAUGGCGUUGUCCAGGAGGACGAGAUCCACAAGCCCGAGCACCUCGACUUUCACGGUGAGAAGUCCCUGCUCGUCGUGAAGAAUGGGUUGGCCACUGGGACCACCGUCGGUCGCGCGAACGGUCUCGAGUCCUUCAUUCGCAUCUACGACGACUACGGCGUCGGGCAGACCUCCAUCGAGAUCGCUGUCUUGCCCUACGACGAGACGGGCAAGUUUUCCGAUGCUGGCGACUCCGGGUCUCUCAUCCUCGCCAGGGAUGGGCGCAUCGUUGGAAUCCUCACCGGCGGCGCGGGCCCUGCCGACAAGAUCGACAUCUCGUACCUCACCCCCUACUGGUGGGUCGAACAGCAGAUCAAUUGCUUUCUCUACGAGGUCGUCCAGUAG